UCCUCCUAGACGCCCAGCCAGGAUGGUGCACCUGCAGCAGCCCUUGCCUCUCGUUGUGGUGCAGAGCUUCCUCCAGCUGAUAUUUUGUGAUGCUAAGCAAACCAUACAUGCUGCAGACAUACUGGACUGGGAAGACAAAGAUGCUGCAGACACACUGGUUGAUAAUGUCGUCCACUCACGGAUCAUCAACCCUUUACGCCUGUUUGUUAAGCCAUCUCCAGCACUCAAACAUGGGCAGAUGUCAUAUUCAGACAGCAUAGACAACUUUUGGGAUUGGCUAUCCAACAUCACUGAGGUUCAGGAAUCUCUUGCACGAACUAAACGCAGACCUAUUGUAAAAACUGGAAAAUUCAAGAAAAUGUUUGGCUGGGGAGACUUCCAUUCCAACAUAAAAACUGUGAAGCUGAAUCUUCUCAUAACAGGGAAAAUUGUUGACCAUGGAAAUGGGACCUUCAGUGUUUAUUUCCGGCAUAAUUCCACGGGCCUUGGAAAUGUUUCUGUGAGCCUGGUGCCACCUUCCAAAGUGGUAGAGUUUGAAUCUUCACCACAGUCAACACUAGAGACCAAGGAGUCCAAAUCUUUCAACUGUCGAAUUGAAUAUGAGAAAACAGACAGGGCUAAGAAAACUGCAUUGUGCAACUUUGACCCUUCGAAGAUCUGCUACCAAGAGCAGACACAAAGCCAUGUAUCCUGGUUGUGCUCUAAACCAUUUAAAGUGAUUUGUAUUUACAUUGCUUUUUACAGUGUUGAUUAUAAACUGGUGCAAAAGGUCUGUCCUGAUUACAACUACCACAGUGAAAUGCCAUAUUUGUCCUCUGGAUGAUAGACACUACUCUUUGCAAUGACUUUUAAAGCAGAGUGUUGAUAAUCUGUCUGAAAUUCCACUUUAAAUGACUUAUCGGGGAACAGUGCUUCCCAAUCAGGUUUUAAACAAAAACAAAAUUAUUUCCCCUAAAAAAACAACAACCCUGUAUCAGUGGGCUGGCUCACCCAUGCAUGUUCUUUGCUUGAUUGCCUCCAAUUUCAGGCGCAAUGCAUAUGUGUCAUUGAGCCAUCACAGAUCGAACAUUAUAGACAGAACUUUCAUAACUACUCAGACUCUUUCAAUAGAGUCAGUUCACACAUUCUACUGUGAGUUAACAAGUGAUGAGUAAAUGAUGUACAUGCAUGUGUGAACUAGCCCGAAAUUUCUACUGUUCUCAUAAACGUAGCAUUCAGAGACCAACAUGUUUUCUUUUUAUAAAUGCAUUUAAUUUCUGGCUCUGGCAAUUGCCAUUAAUUUAGGGAAAAAUCAGACACUAGCAAUAUGUGGAUGAGGAGAUAAUUAAGCCAUGUAAGCAACAUACUUUAAUUUCCUAUCCUAACACAUGUUGUACUGGUAGAUGAUUGUUUAGGAUAGGUUGCAAUACAAACCAUCAGCAUUCUAGAGAUGUUACAACAGCUCUACACGCAAAUGUGUCAAUGAAACAGUUCAGUUCAUAUUGCCAAAAAGGAACAUCUUUAGGAAUUUUGAUGGAAUUUAAAACAUUUUUAUGAGAUUUAAAAAAAAAUUGAAAGGAGUAAGUAAUACAUUUCUAGAACUUAAAUUCAGGUAAAACUUCUGUAGAAACAGGAAAGGUAAAAGAAUUUCAAUGAAAUUUGCUUACUGUGUCAUGAGGGGGAGGGGCAGUAUGCACAUCAUUAGAGUAUGAUUGAAUUCUACUGAAGCACGAGCAAAAGGAACAUGUGGAGAUGAAUCUUCUACACUUUUCCUUCACAAGCUCCAGAUAUUUUCUACCAAAUUGAGACACUCUUGUAAACAAGUCACUCCACCCUAAGCAGAGUUACACCCUUCAGGGCCUAUUGACUUCAGUGGACUUAAUAAGGGUGUAAUUCCGCAUAAGAUGACCUUGGAAGUGUACUGUGGUGUGGUGGGAACUACAGCAAAUAAGUAGGUUAAAUCAUAUUCAACUUCCUCUUGUGGUGACAGAGACAGCUAGUUGUUGAGAAAGGGGAAUCGCCUCCAUGAGCUCCUGGUUCCAUGUGUUUCAGUCCUUAUUACAGUAGCCCUUUGAGUACAUUAUUAUUGUUGCUAGAUGAUUAGCAGUUGUAACCAAUCACCAACAGGUAAGAGUAUUAAAGGGUUUGUUACUAUACUUGUAGGGGAUGGAGUUUCAUUACUGAAAUACAGAGUAUAGAAGUGCAGGUCAAAAAAGUACAUAAGACCUAAACAAAGAGAAAAAACAAUUGAUAAAUCCAUUUAGUACAAAAUUGGAGAAACAGAUACAGUGGUUAAACAGAGUAAUCCAUAAAGUCUAUUGCUAGCACAGUGCGGCACAAAUCCCAAUAGGGUCCUCUAGAGGUUUUAUCAUAGUACAAAUAAAUAAAGUAGACUAAUCUCCAAGUUGCAAGGUCUCUUCAGGAACCCAUUUCCAUUAACUGCAAUAAAUUAUGAAGCUGAUUUUAGUAAGAAGCCAAGCAAAGAUUGCUUGGAAGGGCUGGUCCUUCUAUGCAAUAGAAAUUGUAUUGCAAAAAAAAUUGAAGGGCUCUCAUUUAUAGCAGCAUAACACAUGCCAGUUGUGGAAAUGCUCUUCCAUCAGAGAUACGAUUUAACAACCCAGUCAGGCUUCUGCAGUCUUCACUUUAGCUAGCCAGAUGUCAAGCCUUGUGUAUAUUUGUUCCUGAUACUUUUGUUUAAUUGAGAGGGGGUGGGGGGCGCAGGCUAUGCCUGACUUGGAUAAAUGUUGUCAAUGUUUCUUGAUUCAUGGAAAAAUUCCUCACUUCAGAGAAAGUAGUUGCCCUCUUUUUCUGUUGGCACCUCCAAAAAUGCAUAUUAUUCUAUGAAUGGAGCAAACAAAAUGAUAUCUGGACAUUUUAGCAUUCAUAAAAGCCUCAAAGAUUAAACAAGACAAUGAAAGAAAACUCUCCAAAGAAAAGCUUACAAGCAUAGGAACUGUGACAACUUGUAUUAGUUCUACUAUUAUAAUCAGCUACCUUGAACCUUCUUGUGGAGAAAGGUAAAGUAAAGCACCAUAUAUAAAUAAUAUUUUGAAACUACAUACCCCAAGAAUCAUAUAUUGAAUCAUUUAUUGCAGGAAGGGUUAGCAACGGGUUGUACUUGUCCACUGUGGCAGCAAGUGGUAAUGGAUGAUUUCUCCCUGGGUCUGUGUCAUACACCAACUAUCUAUGCUGAAAUUCAGAAGGAUGCAUGCAUAAGUCCUCCUUCUCUAUCCUCAUUACCCUCAUAUUUACAGGUCACGUUUACAAGGUGUAUAUACAGACAAGGCUAGUCUAGUAAUAAUAUGCUUAGUGGCAUUUUACCACCAAUAUUUUAAUGGACAAGAUUAAAGACUCCUACAUGUAUAAGUAUCAGUGAACAAAAAUUGCAUUAGCUGUACUAGAUCAUUGUUUCUGUUCUUUUAAAGCAUAGAGGGAAAAAAUCCCCAAGCCUGAAGACUCAAAGAAAGGAGGAAAAAACAAUGUUUUUCAUUACAGUGACUUGACAAGAGAGAUACCAAAUCAUUAAAGAUAGGCUUUUUGCCAUAGCAUAGCUUAAAAUCCCAAGCAUGAUAUGCAGAGAGAAGUGACAACCCCUAUUAUCCAGCAUAGGUGGCAGUGGUAGGUAUUUCUCCCUUUGCACCAUCAGGCUUUCUCACAGUUCACUAUUUAAGGUGGGGACUGCUGGACAGAAAAGAAUCCUGCUUUUCAUGGUCUCAGGGGAGGAGUUCCAGAUCUGACUGAAAUUUGGGCUGUGAUCUUGAACCACCUAGCAUACACACACACACACGUAUAUGUAUAUGUGUGUUUCUCUGUGUGUAUAUCCAUCCGAAUCUUCUCUAUGUUUAGUCAAACCCUAGCUCAAAAACAUACUGGUCAUUGUAUACUUUUCCCUUCCCCUGCAGUCAAAUCUCAAACCGAAAAUUCUUUUAUUAUUAUUAAAGAAAAAAAUGUAUUGGAAGUUAACAGUUUAGAAAUGUGUUUUUUAAUUUAAUUAGAAUUCUGUUACCGUUUCUCUGAAUUACUGUCAGUUUUUCCUUUAUUUUGAGGUGAUAGCCACAAAAAUUCUAGUACACAUUUGUGUCGUGCAUCCUAGAUUUAGCUGUAUAUAAGCUAGGAUUUAUUGCUAAAACCUAUGAGUUCAAUAUUGGGUGCUUUUGUAAUUUAGUCGUAAGUUAUUAUUUUUGGACAUGUAUUUUUACCCAACACGAUAAGCAAAUUAAAACAAAACUAAAAGUUAUUUAUUGUA